UGCGAAAGAUCGAGGAGACCCUAUCCAAUUUUGACAUUACUCCUCUGUUUUCUCUGUACAUGUCUGACGUGGAAAUUGCAGUAAAAUCGUCGAUAAAUAAGUUCUUUUUUACGUGAACCACUAGGAAAUUAUGCUGUAGAAAGUGUUAUUUCUUAAAAAGAGGACUCAAAAGAUUUGAUUUUCAUAGCAGAAGUCCAAGUUGUAGCUAAAAAUGAACCCUCAAAUGACACCAUACGGCCAACCACCUCAAGGCUGGGCACAGCCGGGUGUGGGUCAAAUACCUCCACCACCAGUUAACGGAGCUCCGCAAAAUCUGCCCAAUCAAUUCCAAAACAUGUCGAUUGGUGGUUCCUCAAAACCGAACGUAAAUGGACCACCAUUUCCCAACCAACAAAUGGUUGGACGCCCGACAUCCACCGUUGCCCCCGUUCCAGUAGCGUUUUCUCCUGGUCUUCAAUCUCAACCACCAUUACAGAAUGGCCCACCAUCAGCAGCGACGGGUGCUGUUAGACCACCAGGUCCAAAUUAUGGUUUACCUAAUGGGCAUCAACAGCCAUCAUUCAAUCAACCUCCCGGAAUGCCUAUGAUGGAUUCUAGCACUGUGCCUCCCCAACUUCCGCAAGUUGCUGCAGGACCACCAAGGCCUGGACAACCAAUGAUGCCCCCCAUCGGUCAACCAAUGCCUCCACAGUCUAACGCUUAUCCACCGCAGCCAACUCAACAAUAUCAACAGCAAGUUCUGCCGGGCCCUCAACAGACUCCAAUCCCUCAAUAUCCCCAACAACACAGUCAGCAACAGCCGCAGCAUUAUCCUGGCGGUCAACCUGGGUAUAAUCCCACAGCCGGAAUGCCUCCAAUGGUCCCGAAUGCUGUUGGGCCCAAUCAAUAUCAACCGGGUUCUUCAGGAAUACCGCCAUCGAUGAACGCAGGGAUGCCCCCGAUGCCGAAUGCUACGGUUCCCAAUGUCCAGGGGCAUCCACCUCAACCAGGACAAAUGCCACCAAUAUCCGGUGGACCUCAUAUGCCACCACCCCUUCCACGAGGAUACAACCAACCACCGGCACCGCAAGGAUUCAACCAAAUGCCGGGACAACAGUAUCAACCUCCUGGACCCGGCGGCGUACCCCAUUAUCCUGCGGGUGGUAUGGCUCCACCACCCCAACAGAAAAGACUCGAUCCGGACAGUAUGCCGAAUCCGAUUCAAGUGAUGAGCGAAAAUCAACGCUCAAACGGUGGAGUGUUUGCGACCAAUCAAGCUGGAUUGGUACCGCCUCUAGUGACGACAAAGUUUCUCACGCAAGAUCAGGGCAAUUCGGGACCGCGGUUCAUCCGUUCAUCGAUGUACAGCGUUCCAGCCAAUACCGACAUUAUGAAGCAGAGUGCCGUUCCAUUUUCACUAAUUAUAUCUCCGUUUGCUCGAAUCGUCGAGAAAGAACUUGCUCCACCGAUCGUCAAUUUCGGAGAACUGGGACCAAUUCGAUGCAUCCGCUGCAAGGCUUAUAUGUGUCCCUUCAUGCAAUUCAUCGAUGGUGGACGUCGAUUCCAGUGCCUGUUUUGUAAGGCAACUACCGAUGUUCCAACAGAGUACUUCCAACAUUUGGACCACACCGGUCAGCGCAUGGAUAAAUUCGAACGUCCGGAAUUGGUUCUUGGUACUUACGAAUUCGUGGCCACCAAGGAUUACUGUAGGAACAACACAACUCCGAAACCACCAGCAAUGGUCUUUGUAAUAGAUGUUUCCUACAAUAACGUAAAGUCCGGUUUAGUUCAGUUGCUCUGCUCUGAAAUGAAAACUAUCAUUCGCAAUUUGCCCAUCGAUGAGGGGCACGAAAAAACUGCUAUGAAAGUGGGUUUCAUCACUUACAACAAUUCUGUUCAUUUUUAUAAUAUCAAAAGCACUCUUGCUCAACCUCAGAUGAUGGUCGUCGGUGAUGUUCAGGAGAUGUUCAUGCCCCUACUGGAUGGUUUUUUGGUUGAUCCGGAGGAAUCCAGUGCCGUAAUCGAUUCCUUGAUGGAUCAAAUUCCCAAGAUGUUCGGAGACACUCGUGAGACCGAGACUAUCCUACUGCCGGCGCUCCAGGCCGGUCUGGAAGCUUUGAAGGCAUCCGAGUGCACUGGAAAAUUGUAUGUAUUCCAUUCAUCGUUACCGACCUCGGAGGCGCCCGGCAAGCUUAAGGCACGCGAGGAUCGCAAAUUGCUCGGAACGGAUAAGGAGAAAACGGUUUUAACUCCUCAAUCAACCGUUUAUAACAUGCUCGGUCAGGAAUGCGUGGGUUCCGGCGUUUCAGUUGAUUUAUUUAUUUUCAACAAUUCAUAUAUUGAUUUGGCUACUAUUGGUCAGGUUGCACGCUUGACAGGUGGAGAGGUUUAUAAAUACACGUAUUUCCAGGCUGAUAUUGAUGGUCAUCGACUAGUGAAUGAUUUAAUUAAAAAUAUUUCAAGGCCAAUAGCAUUCGAUGCCGUGAUGCGUGUUCGUACUUCUACAGGAAUUAGGCCAACUGAUUUCUUCGGGCACUUUUUCAUGUCUAACACCACAGACAUGGAAAUCGCAAGUAUUGACUGCGACAAAGCAGUAGCAAUCGAGGUCAAACACGAUGACAAGCUUUCCGACGAAAAUGUAUUCAUUCAAGUAGCACUACUGUACACGUCUUGUUCCGGUCAGCGUCGUUUACGGAUUUUGAAUCUUAGCCUGAAGACGUGCACUCAGUUGGCCGAUCUGUUCCGAAGUUGCGAUCUGGAUACAACGAUUCUGUUCUUCGCCAAGCAAGGUCUGUUCAAACUGCUGGAGAAUAAUCCGAAGGCCAUCAAGGACUCGUUGAUUAACCGAGCGGCCCAAAUAUUGGCAUGCUAUCGUAAGAAUUGUGCUUCACCUACGUCUGCCGGCCAACUGAUAUUACCGGAAUGCAUGAAGCUAUUACCAUUGUAUAUUUCAUGCCUAUUGAAGAACGACGCCUUCUCGGGAGGUUCAGAUCUGACUUUGGACGACCGUUCCUACUCGAUCUACUUCGUGAUGAGCAUGGAUUUGCCAACUUCGGUGCAAUUUUUCUACCCGCGAUUGAUGCCGAUACACGAUGUCCAGGUAGAAGACACCGACGUACCGGCUGCCAUACGAUGUACAGCGGACAAAAUGAUGGAAGACGGUGCUUAUAUCUUGGAAAACGGUGUUCACAUGUUCAUGUGGUUGGGCUUAGGCCUGAGUCCGGAGUUUACGCAGUCGAUAUUCGGAGCGCAGUGUACACAGCAGAUAGACACAGAUCGUACGGGUUUACCAGUAUUCGAUAAUCCACUUUCCAAGCGGGUACGAGGAAUUGUUGACAGCAUACAAAAGGAAAAGCAUCGUUGUAUGCGACUCACAUUGGUACGACAGCGUGAUAAGUUGGAAAACGUGCUGCGCCAUUUCCUCGUGGAAGACCGUGGCAUUACGGACGGUUCAGCCAGUUAUGUGGACUUCCUCUGUCACAUGCACAAAGAAAUUCGAACACUAUUGAGCUAGCUGGAUUGCAACGGGAACAGCUUAAGUAGUCGCUUUAGGUUAACCUACAACAGCAACCAUAGUAAUCACAAUGCAAAUUCAACGAUCAUCAGUAGUUCGCAAUCCCAACGCCAGGUUCAACAUCCGCCUGGAGGUAGUGAGAUUAAUGGAAACAUUCUGUCCCAGUCGCCAUAUGGGCAGUGCCCGCAGCCUCCUCCAAGCGACGAUGGCGAUGAUGACGAGAACGAUACCAUCGAAGAAGAGGACGAAGAUGAAGCGGAAGAAAAUUGUGCGGUUCCAACGAGGCAACAACAUCAACAACAAUACUAUCAUCAGCACCAGUACAUAACGGCCUCGCCCGGCAGAAGCAUCUCACAGAAUCGUACCAGAGCAUUGCGAUAUCGUAAAGCAUUCAUGGGAAAGUGGUAAUAGUUUUAGAUGUUUUUCUUAUACAUUUUUAUUUUUAACAAAAUACGAUUAUAUUUCCAAUUUAGUACUAUCUAUAUAUCGAAUGAUGAAAAACAUGAGAAAACUAGCCGGGUGUUUUGCUUAAAUGUUUACACUGGAAGUGAAGUGAAUCAAUUAUAAACAUAUACAAAUAACUACCUAAUUGUUGGCUACUGGAAAAGUAUGUCCACAAACUGAAAGUACUAUUAUACAAACAAAUUAAAUUGCAACUAUUGAAUGCGAACAGAAAAAUAAUUGUGAAUUUCACUUAAUGUUAAUGUAAUGGGUUUUGGCAUGAAAUAAAUGACACGCAAAGCAUUCAGAAAGCAUGAAGAGAGAGAGAGAGAGUCCUUAAAUAAUAUAUUCGAGUAAAAGUGACUACACAAUAUACCCUCAAUCGGAAUACAGACAAAAAUAGCAAAAAGAAAAAUAUACGGAAAUAUUAUUAUCAUUGCA